UUUCGACCAAAGCCACUAACCAUAUGAUGCGAAGCAUUCUCAACGGCGAGUUUAGAGCCUGCACAAGCAUGACCUGCGACGCUGCGAAUACGAAGUGCUCCACCGAGACUUGAAGAGGACUCCCAAUUGCAGAUACACACUUGAUGUGGGUGAUCGAUCUCGGCACGCGGGGUAGGAGCCAUUUCCCGGGUUUCAGGCUUCGGCUCCCCGAAUCAAGUGUAACAGAUGCUACAAUGAGGCCUUUAACUAGUCCAGGGAGUAGGGAAUGGUUGCAGCCUCCAGAACUAAGACUCGAACAUUGAUCCCUACCGCCAUCAGCACAACCAGGCCUUACCUCCUCGUUUUUUCCUCGUCCAGUCUCUGCUGCGCAACAUGGCACACACGGGUGACCUUCGAAAGAUCCAGAGGUAUAUCACGGGCCACAAUGACAAAGGCCAGGCCAUCUUCAGCAACGCUUUCGACGAGGAAAGCAAGAUGAAAGCCAACGAUGACGGCAUCGCAUUUGCCCUCAGCUACACCACGAAGGGUUUCCCUGUCGACAUGACGCAUGACCAGGACCUCAAAGUUUACGAGAAGUACUUGAACAGCCCGCCAGGCCUGGUUGUAUCAGGUGGAACCGUGCUUCGACACGUCGACAUUCCUCCAAGCAUGGAGUGCACGAUGCACCGGACUGUGAGCCUCGACUACGGCUGCGUGCUCGAAGGGGAGGUGGAGCUACUACUCGAUAGCGGCGAGAAGCGUAUUAUGAAGCGGGGCGACGUUGCGAUUCAGCGUGGGACGAUGCAUCAAUGGAUCAACCAAAGCAAGACGGAGUGGACGAGGAUGUUGUUCGUGUUGCAGGAGAGCAAGCCGUUGGAAAUCGCAGGCGAGAAGUUCGGCGAACAAUUGGCGGGCAUGGCGGGCGUACGUUCAUCAGACUGAGGCUUGUAUGGCUGGUUUGGGUGGGCGAUGUAGAUAGAAUUCAGAAGGCAGAGAGCUUCGAGCGUCCAG